AUGCUGCUCUCUCUGGUCGUACACACGUACUCUUUGCGGUACUGGUUUCCAGCUACGAUCAUGCUGGGCACAGCUCCAGCCUACCUGCUGUCAUGGGGGGUCUGGCGCCUCGUAUCCACCAUCCUGCCCUCCAGAGUCUAUCACACUUUAGAUGACCGACUAUAUUGUAUUUAUCAAAGCAUGGUCCUGUUCUUCUUUGAAAACUACACAGGUGUAGAGAUUAUAGUGUAUGGAGAUAUACCAAAGAAAAAAGAAAAUGUGAUCUACCUUUCCAAUCACCAAUGUACAGCUGACUGGAUCAUUGCUGACAUGUUGGCCAUCAGACAGAGUGCCCUGGGUCAUGUUCGGUAUGUUCUUAAAGAUGGACUGAAGUGGCUUCCACUGUAUGGCUGGUAUUUCUCUCAGCAUGGUGGAAUAUAUGUCAAACGCAGCUCAAAGUUCAAUGAGGAGGCAAUGAAGAAGAAGCUGCAGAGACAAACAAAAGCUGGAGCACCAAUGUACCUCGUCAUCUUCCCUGAAGGAACUCGUUAUAAUCCCGAGCUCAAGAAUGUUAUCGUUGACAGUCAGAGCUUUGCCCAAAAAGAAGGACUCGCGGUUCUCAAACACACACUGACUCCACGGAUGAGAGCGUCGCGUUUGGCUUUAGAGGCCAUGCAGGGUCAUCUGGACGCAGUCUAUGACAUCACUGUGGCUUAUGAGGGAACUCUGGACAGCAAUGGCCACAGAAAACCUGCUCCAUCCAUGCCAGAAUUCCUGUGUAAAGAAUGUCCCCGUGUCCACAUUCACUUCAACCGAGUGGACAUUAAGGAAGUUCCUCCAGAACCCAUGUUUUUCCGCAGGUGGCUGCACCAGCGCUUUGAGCUCAAGGACCGGUUGCUGACGGACUUCUAUGAAUCGGAGAAUGCAGACACAAAGUGCAGGUUUAAAGGCGCGGGCUGCCGCUCCCCUCUGAGCCUGUCCAAGACGUUUCCGUCAGUGGUGGUUCUGGGUGCGCUGACGCUGCCGCUGCUGUUGACGGCGCCCGGCAGGAGGCUGUAUGUGAGAACCUGGGUGUGUGGGACGCUGCUCGGGUGGCUCUGGACACAUAUUUCAUUUGUCAAGAAGAUUACGGCAGUGAUGGCGGUGGACUGGAUAGGAUUCACUUAUGCUGCUGCCAUUGCCUUUGGAGGUUUUAUGGGAUACAAGAGAAAAGGAAGUGUCAUGUCCCUGAUGGCUGGCCUGGUGUUUGGUGGACUGUCAGCGUUUGGUGCCUACAGCCUCUCAAAUGACCCCAAAGAUAUCAAGAUACUUCUGAUGUCUUCUGGGCUGUUGUCACUCGUGAUGGGAAUGAGAUACAAGAAAUCUGGUAAAGUCAUGCCUGCAGGUGCUAUGGCAGGGCUAAGUUUAUUGAUGGUGUUUCGAUUGCUACUUCUUAUCGUCACGUGA